AUGACAGAUGAUAACAUAUUUGUAUCACCAUUUCUGAACAUUAAUCCAUCACUUUUAGUAACUGAUCCAAAUGAUGAGUUCAUAUUUCCCGAAGGAGACAAGCAUCGUGGCCGUUUUGAACGAUCAUUUUCCGAAAUUGGUUCUAUGGUCAUUGGCGGUUGUGCAUUUGGGGGUACGAGAGCCCUUUAUACUGCGCUAAAGGAUCCUGAGCUCGCCAAACUUCCCACUAAGGCUAUUCAACGUACACAAAUGCUAAACCACGUGACAAAAUCGGGAGCCUCUUGGGCUCAAACUUGUGGUAGCAUCGGCCUCCUAUAUGCUCUCUCGGACUUUGCUAUUCACAAAAUUCGCGGUGGUGCCGAUGACGAGAUUAAUAUGGUCUCUUCCGCCACCGUUACUGGUCUUAUCUAUCGUUCUCCAGGCAAUUAUAUUUCAUCAAAAAUCUUCCUGACGGACAUAUUUCUCGUUAGAGGAUGGCAAAGGUGUCUUAAGGGAGGUGCCAUCGGAUUAACCUUAGGUCUUGGCGCUGCGGCUUUUACCUCCUGGGAUCGCAUUAAGGACAUACUUGGAGCGUAG